AGAGGGAGAGAGAGGAUCUCCAUUGGACCCAUCUGGUGGUCGGACGUGCAGAUGCGUCAGAGUUUGGAGGGGCGGUGCGCCGCCGCCGAGGUGAUCCCCGAGUUUAAAAGCGCAGAAGUCCUCUGUGCGCCGGAGCAGUGCGUCACAGCGACCCAGCAGAUCCAGGAUCCCCCGACAGAGAGUCAGAUAUCUCAACACAGCGACGAAAAUAGCUUUUCUAACAGAACUCAUCUGCAUCAGUCAUGAGCUUAUUCCACAUGUUUUAAUAUUUCUGACUCAUCUCGUUCAGACGUUUUUCAUUUUGGAUGCGACUUUUUUUCUCCUCCCAAAGUCGAAACAGCUGUUUUUCAACUAAGUUUUUUUGUUUGUUUGUUUGUUUACUUUAUUAUUUCUCACUCUGGUUGUUUUGUUUGCGGUGAUACAGCGAGAGAGGAUCCUGAGCAACAGCUGGGGAAUAUAUAAACUCCGCUAUAUGGAUAAAGAAUCGCUCCCAUCUGCAACUGCACUCAGAGUUUGAUCUCAGACGUUGCUUCUCUGGCCAAAAGACGAAGAUGAAAUCUGCUGAAGAGGAUGCAUAUGGCUACACGCCAAAUGUCAGUCUCUCCCUCCCACUGGGCAACCCUUGUCUUCCCUCCCAGUACCACAGCCUCCAGUCCAGCCCCACCAUAUCUGUCUCUGUCACCGAGCCCCACAGUUAUGACACUCAGGAUGACAUGAGGGUGGCCGGCUACUAUUCAUCCUCGAGCAUCCGCCCAAACGGGGCCCCGACCCUGGAGAGCCCUCGUAUCGAGAUCACAGCUUACGGUCAGUUUCCUGAGGAUGAGGUGGAGGAGAGCAGCCUUCCUGUUGCCAAGCGAGUCAACUCCAUAGUGACGCUGACCCUCCCGAGCGCAGAAGGUUAUCGCGACCCGAGCUGCCUGAGCCCGGCCAGCAGCAUCUCAUCUCGGAGCUGCCACUCUGAGGCUUCCUCCUAUGAGUCAGGCUUCUCCUACAACUACGACAACUCUCCCCAGAACUCCCCCUGGCAGUCUCCGUCUGUGUCCCCCAAAGGCUCCACCCUCGCCCUGCCGGGUGAUGGCUGCGCCUCUGGUGGCUCCCCUCGCCACUCCCCCUCCACCUCUCCCCGCACAAGUGUGACAGACGACACCUGGAUGGGUCAGCGUGGCUCCAGGCCCAACUCCCCCUGUGGUGCAAAGAGGAAGUACAGCUUCAACGGCAGCGGGGCGCCACACAAGCACUACCCCUACUCGCCCAACCACUCCCCCAGACCGUCCCCACAAACCUCCCCUCGCCUCAGUGUCACCGAGGAGACCUGGCUUCCCAACACCAACCAGUACACCAAUUCAGCCAUCCUGGCAGCCAUAAAUGCCUUGACCACAGACGGAGUGGCUGACCUCGGGGAGGGAAUCCCCAUGAAGGCCCGGAAAACCAGCCUGGAGCACAGCCCCACAGUCAGCCUGAAGGUGGAGCCGGGGGGUGAGGAGCUGAGUCCAGGGCAGCUCUGUGAGGACGAGCACCCCUCCAACCGCCUGUCGUUAAAGAAGGAAGGCUACUGUGGUGGGUUUCUGGAUGUGCCGCAGCACCCGUAUUCCUGGUCCAAGCCAAAGCAAUAUGUAAGCCCGACCCUGCCAGCUCUCGACUGGCAGCUGCCGUCCAGCUCGGGGCCGUACAGCCUGCAGAUCGAGGUGCAGCCCAAGUCCCACCACCGAGCCCACUACGAGACAGAGGGCAGCAGGGGAGCAGUAAAGGCCCUGGCGGGAGGACACCCAGUCAUACAGCUCCACGGCUACAUGGAGAGCGAGCCUCUGACCCUGCAGCUGUUCAUUGGCACGGCUGACGACAGGCUGCUGAGGCCCCACGCCUUCUACCAGGUCCACCGCAUCACAGGGAAGACGGUGUCCACCCCGAGCCACGAGGCUUUGCACAACAACACCAAGGUGCUGGAGAUCCCUCUGCUGCCAGAGAACAACAUGCGGGCCAUAAUCGACUGCGCUGGGAUCUUGAAGCUGCGUAAUUCAGACAUCGAGCUGAGAAAGGGGGAGACCGACAUCGGGCGUAAGAACACACGUGUGCGGAUGGUCUUCCGAAUUCACAUCAACCAGGCCACAGGGAGAACAGUGUCCUUGCAAGUUGCAUCCAACCCCAUUGAGUGCUCCCAGAGAUCGGCCCAGGAGCUGCCGCUGGUGGAUAAGCAGAGCUUGGAGACGUGUCCCGCCCCCGGAGGGGAGAGGAUGCUCCUCGACGGACACAACUUCCAGCACGACUCCAAGGUGGUGUUCGUGGAAAAGGCUCAAGAUGGUCACCACCUCUGGGAGACUGAGGCCAAGGUUGAGAGAGACGCCUCCAAGGCUAAUUCGCUCCUCGUUGAAAUCCCUCCAUAUCGGAACCAAAGACUCUCCACUCCUGUCCAUGUGAACUUCUACGUCUGCAACGGCAAGAGGAAAAGAAGCCAGUAUCAGCGUUUCACCUACGUCCCUGCCAGUGUUCCAACAAUAAAGACGGAGCCACACGACGACUACGACGCCCCACUGAUGUGCACUCAGCAUGGUUCCACUCUGGCCUUGCACCCGAAGCCAUUCUUCCCCCCACAGGUUAUGACCCCAAUGAUGACCUCUGACCUCAGGCCAUGCGUCGUUGGCGGGGCUUACCCCGUCAGCCAGCAGAGACUGGCAGCCAAGCCCUCCUCGCUGCCCUCCUCGUCCUCUCCGAGCACCAGCCCCAAACUGCACGACCUGUCGCCCUCGCCUUUCUCCAAGUGCCUCCCUGCCGGCCCGGCGGUGCCGCACCAGGGCCCCCAGUCCCCGAUCCCUCACGUCUCCAUCAUCCAGGAGACUCCCGGGCGCUACCAGCUGCCCAGCCUCUACCCGCCCAGCAGCUCCUCCUCCUCCCCGACCUCGCAGCCCUCCACCCCGACCGACGCUCCCUUCUCUCCAACCCACUGCAUGACACCAGCCCAGCCGGUCAGCGGCAGCACCAGCCCAGUUGCCCAGCAGCACCCCAAAAUGCCAGAGAGAGGGCGACCCUCCCUGCAGGAGGACGGCAGCCCCCCGACGCUGGCUGUCAGCAUCAAACAAGAGCCACAGGAGCUGGACCAGAUGUACCUUGAUGAUGUCAAUGAGAUCAUCAGGAACGACCUGUCGAGCAUCUCCGUCCACAGCCAUGCAUAGUUUCCCAUCACCUGCAAAACUGACAAAGGAAACACAAAAGAAAAGGGAAACACCAAACAAAGCUGACUGUGCUUUGCAUGACUUGGACUACAGCGUGCAAGAAGCAUGCAAAAGCAAAUGCAAGGAGAACAAAUGUAAAUGUAUUGUCCAGAUGACCAGGGUCCAAUGUGUGCCUUGUUUUUCAUAUAUAAUGCCUUUACGCAGAAAUUAUCCAUGGAAUAAAUCACAUGACUGACUUUUUUUCAAGACGUGUAAAUUGACUAUGUAGCAACUGAACCUGCCCUCCCCAACCCCAACAACCAAGUAUGCUUUUAGAGGACCAAGAAUUGUUUUUAUAUGUCUUUUUUUGCUGCAGUUUGUAAAUGAUUCAGUGCCUAUGUGUUAUGUAAUUUGUAUAUACAGUUUCUGUACUGCUUCAGUUUGCAUAUCUGGCUUUACAGAGAGACAAUUUAACAGAGAAGUGCCUUUGACUGGAAAUGGAAAGAUGUGGCUUGAGUUUGUCUUCACAAGUUCAACCUCAAAAUUUCAAAUUAAAGUUUUUUUUUUUGUUUGUUUUUUAAAGUGAGAUAAUGUAACUUUUGCUGAGCUGUGGCGACUGUGGCUACAAGUGACAAUUAUGGGGUAAUGGUAAAUGCUAAGGGGAUACUGUAGCACUAGCACAAAUGGAGAAUUGUCAUACAGUGAGCAAACUGACCGAGCAAUGUCCGUUACACAGUAAUAUCUGUCUAAACAUUAGCUAACAUUAGCCACCAUAAGCUACUGGUCAUACCAGACCAGAAUCCAUUUUGUAACAGGAAGAAUGUGUUUUUUUCUUAUUUCAAAAGUUGCAUGGUCUUGUUUUAAAUCAUAUUUGGUUAUAUUUUGGUCAUUUGAUAGAUUUGACAGAUUAAGUUACAAUUAAUAAAACUGAAUACAUUUUCUGUAUUCACAGUCAACAACAAGCACUUAACCACUAAACCUGUGGGAUUAAUUGUUAUUAUUCUAUUAAGGCAACACAUUAUUGUCACUUGAAGUCAGACAACAAUGACAAACCUAUUCAUUUGAUAUGUUACCUAAACCUCAAACCAAGUUCUUAUGCCUUUAUGCACUCUUACAGCACAAACAACUAUGUGUAGUCUCAUGAUAUUGAGUCAUUUUGUGUCACUUUUUGAGAUAAACACAAUAUGGACUGCAUACUGACUUGAACUUUGGAGUAAACUGUUGGUUACAGUAAAACUAGUUGGACUUUUAUCAAAGAUAAAAUCAUCUCAGUUUUGACAAAGCUUGACUUUUUAUUACUCCCUGGAAGCUAUGCAACAUGCAGGUAGCUGUCAAAGAAUGUAAACAAUCAGCGUGAGAAGGUCUCAAAUCCAAAGAAUACUUAAUAAUGGUGAACAGCAAUACAAAUACUAUAUUAAUUCUUUAAUGUUUGUUUUUGUAUUUUCAUAUUUAUUCUCUUAGCAUGUGCUCUGCUUAUCCAUGUUUAUCAUACAGCUUCUUUUACAUGGUUACCUACAUACUGUGGUUUAUGUACUAAUUUGUUUGCGCUCUUAUAAAACUGAAAUGGCUGACACACUUGUUCCCAGUUUUAUAUGUAUUUAUGAGUCUUAAUCCAUGUUACUGAAGGGCAUGAAAGAAGCCUUACUGAAAUGUUUACCAAGGAGGUUAUUGUUAGUCUGUAAUGCUUAAUUCUGCUUUGUGAUCUAUUUUGUGUAUUUGUCAAUAAAUAAGCCUUCAUCUCUU